AUGCGGAACAAGCUCUCGCCAAAGUUACUGGAGAAUUUGGAGGGUGAAAUCAGCAUUCUUACUUCCAUGCGGCACACGAAUAUUGUGGAUCUGCGGGACUGCGUGUACUCGGACGAGUUUAUUCACCUUAUCAUGGAGUACUGUCCCGGCGGUGAUUUGUCGCAGUACAUUCGCCAGCACGGCGAUGUUGCGCCAUGGGAUGGGAACGCUGCAGCGAAUCCACUCGCUGCUGAGCAGCGGCGCUUGUACCCUCACCCAAUCGACGGCGGGCUAAACGACGCCAUGGUCCGCUCUUUUUUCGCACAACUCGCUUCUGCGCUGCGAUUUUUGCGGAGCCGCGAUAUUGUGCACCGCGAUAUCAAGCCGCAAAACUUGCUUUUGCGGAUCCCUGACGAGGAAUGCCUUGCUUCUGGUCAUCCCCGCGAGCUUCCGCAAAUCAAGGUGGCCGAUUUUGGGUUUGCCCGCUCUCUCCCUGCGGCCUCGCUUGCCAAGACACUUUGCGGCUCGCCGUUGUACAUGGCCCCAGAGAUUUUGCGCUAUGAAAAGUACGAUGCAAAAGCCGACCUCUGGUCUGUUGGCGCGGUCUUGUACGAGAUGUCGGUAGGCAAGCCGCCGUUCCGCGCGACGAAUCAUGUCGAGCUACUGCGCCGGAUCGAGCAGAGCAACGACCGGAUCAAGUUUCCCGACGAACGCUCUCCGCAGUCGCUUGCACGCGACGCUGCACGCCGGAAAAUGCACGGCGAGCAGCCGCGCCCGACGCCGCACGACGUCGCGCCCGACAUCAAGGCCUUGAUCCGGAGCCUGUUGAAGCGGCAUCCCGUAGAGCGCAUGUCUUUUGACGAGUUCUUCCACGAUGACGUGAUUGUCGCCGUGCCCUACUCGGGCCGCGCGAUCCUCAAAGAUGAUCUGGCCGCCUCGCUUUUGAGCGAAAAGUCGGGCAUUGCGCUCGACGCGGACUUGUUUGGGAUGUCGCGCCUCGAAACGUCGCCGCCACUUGCGCGUGCAGAAGCACCGCUCGAGGAUAGCAAGGAGCCAGACACGGUGCUUGCGAGCCGCUUGAUGGAGUUGCCCAUCAACGAUGCGAGCCGCGCGUUGAACACUGCGUUUGGCUUCAAGCCAGGCGCAGAGAGCGAGGUGUCGAACACGCCAGGCGCAGGGAAAAUGCCACCCAACGCUCUGAAUCCCAGCGCCUUGUCCCGCGCGAUCAGCAUGGCGGGCGGCAGACUUGCGUCAAGUGGCACAGCGCCUGCACAGGCCAAAUCGCUUGAUGCGCUCGACACCGCGCCUUUUAGCGAGCAGGAUCUUGCUGCGGUGCUCCAUGGAUUUGCGCAAAAAGCGUACGUGCUCCAUGAAUUUGCCGAUGCGCGGCUGGCCGAGUGCAAUGCAACUGUGCGCAUGAAUACCAAUGGGCUAAGCCCUGUGGACAGCAGCCCCAACUCCGCUGCGCUGCACUUUCAAGAAACAGUCGUGGCAGAGAGCCUUGCGCUCUACGUACGCGCGCUUGGGUUUUUGCAGCGGGGACUUUUUGCUGUGAAUGGAUACGCGGAGAACUUGGAGGGUGCGGAGCCGAGCGAGGCCAUGCGCAGUCUCGCGCAUUGGUUUCGCUCGCAGUUUGACGAGUGCUACGAAAAAUCGGUGCAUGCGCGCGCUGCAUUAUCUGCAGACGUUGUGCCGGAUAGUGUCCAGAACCUGGACCGGCAAAUUUUUGACAAGGCAUUGGAGCUUGCACGCAGUGCCGCGGUCGACGAGCUAGAAGGCAAUUGCGAGCAGCUCGACUGGGACACGACGAACUGCGUCCUUGCCUACGAGACAGCCGCGGCACUUUUACUGGGCCUGCUUGAUCCCGGCGAGGAUGCGCUGGGGCUUUCUGUCACGUCUGUCUCUACGGUGGAGAAGUUUUUAAAGAGUAUCAAUAAACGGCUCAGUGCACUGCAGUCGGUGCCGGUAGAUGUAGCUACAUAG